AAGGAUCAGUCUUCUCGACAGGCCGCCCUGGUGCCCGUUGGUCUGCCCCUUUAGCCUUCACUGCACGUAAUAUGGCAUUACAUUCGGCCCUUUUCAGCCAGACAGUGACCCUUUCACAACACUUGCUCGCCCUGCAUCAGACAGUUUUCGUUGGAGAAUGGUACGGAUGCCCCAGCACGCAAGGCAGGCAUGCCCAGGCCAACUUUGAAGAGUUGUCGUCGACGCUGAGACGAGCGAGAUGGAGCGCUCCCAUCAUGCAGCCCGUCCGAGGAUCAUCAACUGCCACAUGCACUGAUGCGUAGCUGAACUCGUUAGAUCUCUUCAUGCGGGAAGCAAGUGUUCGCCCGACAACCAGAAACCGCCACAUUAUUCCAACACAGCGGCGUCGAUUCCUCGCCACCUCCAGCUCGAGCGGACCCUUCC